AUGUCUAUCGUCGCUCUGCCAAUGGAGUCCAACCCUGAAACUAUGAACAAGUACCUGCAUAAAUUGGGUGUCUCGGAUACUUGGCGAAUGGUGGACGUCAUGGGUCUCGAUCCCGACGCUCUAGCCUGGGUGCCAAGACCAGUCCUAGCAGUUGUGCUGCUCUUCCCACUCUCCGAAGCCUACGAACAACAUAGAAAUCAACAAGAGACUGAUCUCGUGAAGAAAGGAGAACAAGCCCCCAAAGAUGUCUUCCAUCUCAAACAAGUCCUCAGCAACGUCUGCGGCAACAUAGCUCUGGUCCACAGCGUCGCUAACAAUAUCACCAACAUCGAACUGAAAUCGGACGGUUUGCUAAAGAAGUACUUAGACGACGCUAAAGACCUCGACGCCGCAGCCAAAGGAGUAUUGCUGGAGAAUUCAACUGCCAUCCUAGAAGCGUACAAGGAGAUAGUUCGUUCUGGAAGCGGUCAGGGUGCGAAUGAAGAGGAGCCAGUCAAUAACCACUUUGUCACGUUCAUCCAUAAAGACGGCCAGUUGUUCGAGCUGGACGGGCGCAAGUCGUUCCCCAUCAACCACGGGCCCACCACGCCCGACAGCCUGCUCGAGGACGCUGCCAACAUCUGUCGCCAGUUUAUCGAUAGAGAACCCGACAACAUUGGCUUCAAUGUCGUAGCACUAGUACAGUCUCCGUAG